AUGAGUGAUGGCCCAGAUACACCAAUUACGUCUCCUGGGAAGUGCCCAGGAUCUGUAGACCAUUUUCUCUCCUCCUCCGUCGCCUUCCCCGGGUACCACGGCUGUGCGCUGCCCGGCUGCCUCCUGAGCCCGCCCGGCUGGGAGAAGCCAGACAGCCAAGCAGGACUGCAGAGUGGACGAGGGAGGAGCCUGAAGAGGAAGCAAGGCCAGGCCUGCACGCAGGAGGCCAGCUCUGGCCUCAGGCGAAUACGCCUUAGCGCCCACCCGGAGGACGAUGACCGGAAGUCCCCUGGCCCUGGUUCCCUGCUCUUCCCCCUGCACUCACGGGAGCUGUCGGUGCUGUGUCUCCCUGUCAGAGGAGCAAACGUGCUUCCUUACGACGUUCUGUACGGGCAGUUCCUUGCUGCUCGGCCCAGCAGUUUCCGGGUGCGGGAGACAUUGCUGGUGCAGCUCCUGGUCGCAGCCUGUGUCCCCGGGUCUCAGGUUACUUACUUAGCGUCUUGGCACAUCCGGGUGAGGAGGAGUGACCCCACAUGUGGGCGGAGGCGGACAGCACUCAGGGCCGGGCUGGCCGCCCCGGGCGCUGCUGCUUGUGGGGAGCAGACUCAGCGCAGUGAGGUGCUGGCGGCGCUGGCGGCGUCUGACACGGAGCGGCACCGGUUGCACUUCAGCACCGUGCCACCCUGCCCUGUGGAGCCUGAAGCUCCAUUCCUGGGCCUGGGAGAGUGGCACGCUCCCCGCAAGCUUCCAGAACCCGGAGUACGAGAACCAGGUUCUGGGCGCCAUCGCCUUUGCCUGGCACCUGCCAAGUGGCGCGGUGUGGGCUGCUUCUUCAGCGCUCAGCGGAGCGUUUUCUCUCUUGUGAUGGUGACGGUGGUGAUGGUGGUGGCCGUGGUGUGGCUGGCUGGGCAAGGAGUGGCAGUGCUACCUCAGGUUAGGCCAAAGACUCUGAUUCCAGACAGCCUCCCCAUCACCCCUGGCCGGGACCGGCCACCCAAACAGCCCCCAACAUUCCAGAAGGCCACCGUGGUCAGUAUCAAGAACCCCAGCCCAGCCCUCCCCACCGCCAACAACACGGUGAGCCAUGUGCCAGCGCCCGGCAGCCAGCCCCAGGCCCUCGCGGAGCCGGCCGCCAUCACGUCUUCUCUGAGCAGUGCCGGGGUGGCCUACGCCAUCAUCUCCACGGCCCCCAGCAAUGCCGCCGCCCUCGCCCCCAGCGCCGCCGUGUCCGUGGUCAGCGACAGCAUCAAAGUCCAGCCCCUCCUCAUCAGUACCGACAACAAGGUCAUCAUCAUUCAGCCUCAAGUGCAGACCCAACCCGAGAGCAAGGCCGAGUCGCGGCCGCCCACCGAGGAGCCGUCUCAGGGAGCUCAGGCCGCCAAGAGGAAGGAAGACCGGCCCCCGAGCCAGGAGAACCCCGAGAAAAUCGCCUUCAUGGUGGCGCUGGGCCUGGUUACCACGGAGCACCUGGAAGCCAGGCCAGCAUCUGCCCAGAGGCACCCCGUGUGCAGGGUUCUAAGAGAGACAGCCUUGGGCUGGGUGAUGGCCCACGGGGCCCUGAGCCGAGAGCGGAAGCGGAGAAGCACCGCCAACCCCGCCUACAGCGGCCUCCUGGAGACCGAGAGGAAGCGGCUGGCGUCCAGCUACCUGAACAGCCCCCUGUUCCUCACGGCACGAGCCAAUGAGGACCCCUGCUGGAAGAGCGAGAUUGCCCACGAUGAGCACUGCGCGGCCUGCCAGAGAGGGGCCGACCUGCAGCCCUGCGGCACCUGCCCAGGGGCCUACCACCUCGGCUGCCUGGACCCGCCCCUCAAGACCGCGCCCAAGGGCGUGUGGGUGUGCCCCAAGUGCCAGCAGAAGGCCUUAAAGAAAGACGAAGCUGUGCCCUGGACCGGGAUGCUGGCCAUCGUGCGCUCCUACGUCACUCACAAGACAGUCAAAGAAGAGGAGAAGCAAAAGCUGCUGCAGAGAGGCAGUCAGCUGCAGAGCGAGCACCGGCAGCUGGAGGAGCGGGACCGGCGCCUGGCCUCGGCCGUGAAGAAAUGCCUGGAGCUGAAGAUGAGCCUGCUGGCCCGGCAGAGGGGCACCCAGUCAUCCUUGGACCGCCUGCGGGCCCUCCUGAGACUGAUACAGGGCGAGCAGAUGCUCCAGGUCACCAUGACGACCACCAGCCCCGCCUCGCUGCUGGCCGGGCCCUGGACCAAGCCCUCAGCAGCAGCCAUGCACGCGGCCCUCCAGCACCCCCAGGGACACAACUGACUCCGGGGGCCGGUCUCACACCCACGGAGCGUCACUGGGACCCGGCCCACAGACCGGGGUCUGUCAGCCUUAACUCAUGAACAAUGUGAAUUUCAGAUAAGAACAGAGCCAGACAGAACAAGGCAGGAGGAAGGGCAGUGGAGCGAGCGAGAGUCCUAGUUCUCCAGCCCGGGGUGGGGGUGGAGCCCCCCACACGUUCAGACGGGACCCCACCACGUUCAGGUGGGGCGCACCAUCGGCCUGCUGUGGUGGGACUGCCCAGGCCUCCGGCUUGCAGCACGGCUGUCCCCACACCUCCCUCGUGCAGAAGUGUGAGGGGCCAGGGCGCCCCCGCUGAGAGCCAGCGUGCCCCCUCCCCCGAGGACCCGUGUCCGGUGGGAAGGAGCCGGAACGCAGACGUAGCCGAGUAGUGCAGGUAGUUGGACAGAAGUGGGUAGCGAAUCUAGGUAGGACGCAGGGCCCUCCCUCAUGGGGGCCAUGCCCAGGGCUGGGUGCCCGUGCCUUCCAGGUGCCCAGGCCCACCUGUCAGUAUUAGCAGCUAUUUGACUUGAAACUCUACGUUCAAGGGGAUGCUGCUGCGUUCCCGCCAGUGCCACUGCCCCCCAAGUCCCUCCGCGCCCUCGCCUGCGCCUCCCUCUCGCGGAUGCUUUGGGCUCAUUUUGCUGUGGGAGCCUUUUCCUUCUGGAGUUUCUGGGCCGGACGGUGCCGCAGCCGCGUGGGAGGCACGGCGCACGUUUUCAGUUUGGGGCUGUCAUCCCGCUUCCGCGGAAGCCUUUCCUUCUCUCCUCCCGAAGCGCCGAUGAAGUAUUCCACUCCUGGUUUCUUGCCAGUGCGGCCACGAUGCCAAAAAUGACUACGUUUUUGAGUGGCGUUUUUAUUGUGCGAUAUUUAAUGUGAAGGGGGCUCUUAGGGCCUCUGCUCACAGUGGCCUCUGCUGCCCCUGGCCCCAGACACCCGAGGGUGGGAAGGGAGGGUCGUGGCCUGGGGUGCGUCCUUUGGAGACAGAGCCCCUCUCGCCCUCUCCUGGAGGGUGUAGUGGCCUCUUAAAGGGCUCCUGUGUCCCCAGUGGUCACCCCCACCAGCGCCUCCAGUCCCCAGGGACCUAGCACAGCAAACAGAAGCUCCGGGAGCCGCAGGCCCCCCCCCCCCCAGCAUAUCACACGGUGCCAAAUUGCAUUGAACACGUGUGUGUGCGUGCGCACACAGCCCCAGGCCCGCACGCACACGCGUGCAGACCCGUGGAGCAGGGAGGCUGGUCCGAGCUGCAGGCUGCCACGGCCCCUGCCGUCCUGGCCACGACUCUGGGAGAAACUGUGUUGUACGAUACAGAUCUAUUUUAAUACACUCAACGCUGGUUGAACAAGAUUUUUAUAUUCUUUUAUCGAUGAACAAAGCGAACUGGGAGGCACACGUCUGCGAUAUUGGUCACUGUCGACGCCGAUUAUGCAUUCCCGCGCGGCUCGCCAUGCGAGGCCUUCAGGUUCUUCCUCUGUUCGUUUCCUUCUUGGUGGAUUGAACUGAACUUUAAAAAGUGUAACGGGAGGUGGUGAGAGGUUGGACCCGGGAGGGGUAGCUGCUGACGUGUCUUGAGACUUAGUUUUUUGGACCCAGGAGGCCCGGCCAGUGGGUAGUAAGGAUAGAGACAAGUGUUCGUCGUCAAUUUGCCCGUGUAGUUCGUCUGUACGACGCAUUAAACUCGAUUGAUGGUCGCAGA